UGAAACAGUUAACUUAUGUUAUGUAAAGUACGCGCUAGUCAUUCGAAGUAUUUCGAUAUUCGUCGGUGUGUGACCUAAUCAGCCAUCAUUGGUUCGGGUUGACUUCACUUCGCUCCUAAAAGUGUGGUGACCUUUCGGUGUGUCUGACACCAAUAACUUAAAGCGAAAAAAAUAAUAGUACGCAUUAGCUACACUUCUGUAGUAUUCAAAUAACAACACAAGACGUCGAAUUCUACAAAGCAGUUGAAGGGAGUUUUGACAGAUCGCGCAAGCGAGCGUAAAAAAAGAAAAUGGAUUACGGGAGUGCUUGAAUGGAGAAAAAUUUAUAAUUUAGCUAUAUUUUUAUUAUAUGUAGUUUCUCGUUUCUCUUGAAUGUUAUUCAUUUCAUUCCAUCACACAUACUUCGGAGUUAACGCUUGCACAACAGUGUGGCAGUGGCACAUAGCUGAAGAUCGCGACAAUGUAGUGGUAUGGGUGUGCCUCACAGUGUCCAGAGCGGACAAGUGUUGGUAUGGAAGGUCUCAAUCUGGCGGAAGUAUGAGUGGGAACAGUUGGUGUUUAUAUGAGGAAGGCAAAAAUCGAAUAAGAUUUUGACAGCUCGCCGCUUUUGAUCAAAUAAAAAUAUGAAAGGCAAGUGAUAUUGAUUAUUUCUUCAGCGGAGAUUAAAUUCGUGAGAAAAGUGAGAGAAAAAAAAUACACGAGACGUGAGCCUUGAUAAGUCCAUCAAGACAUGAAAAAUGUCCAGUGUGAGUGAGAGUAUGCGAAGCCAAAGAAAUUGUCUAUCCUAGAAAACGUGUACUGAUAAAAAUGGUUGGGACAGUGUCUAGCCUGCGGAAUAAAAAAAUUAGUGAAAUGUCGAUACCGAAGAAGUAUGCCUUAAGAGCAGUGAAAUAACUCAUAGUGGAAGUAAUGUACUGGAUAUGAGUACAGACGUUAGUUCGCAAUGGAGAUCACUCGGAUUCAACGGCAAGUCCGAGUCUCGGUCCAGAUCUCCUGUUGCCCAAUCUCUCCCCCAGUUACCUAAAUUAAUUCCUUUCCCAGAGAAGAAAGUAGCAAAUAAAAAUGUACGCAAGAAAAACAAUAACAAUAACCUGAAUAAGAUUAACAGAAACCUUGACAAAUCUAUCACCUCACAAUCAGAAAUUGUUAUCGACGGAAGCAAGUUUAACUUGAAACCAAUCAUUAAACUAAAAGCAGUUCCUUGGCCCCAACAUAAUUCCAAUAAGAAACAGCAACAACAGCAACCGCAGGACGAAGACAUCGGGGACGACAUUAAUAGUAAAUUUACGAAAAAUGACAGUAGUAUAACGUGUGAUGAAAAAAUACGUCGCCCUGCUGAAAAGAGACAGCACUACAAUAUUGUUGCAGGGGAACGGAAAGAUGUUGAUGCGACUAAGCUGAUAUUUCGACGACGCAACACAACCCCUACAACAAGUCGUAGUGUGACAAGUGUCGUUGCUACAACUAACAAAACUCGCACGUUAUCUACCCCAGCCACUUCUGCUGAGGACAGUAUGCAAUCCGUGCCGGGGAGCACGGAAAAGCCAACGCUAACGUUCAACAGUGCCGAAGUAUUAGACACAGCCCUCAUGAGGAACGUUAAAGCGGAGCCCAGCAGUAAAGUUCCAAAGCGAAUUUUUAAACAGGAGCCAAGAGAAAGUCCUGUCACGCCAAUCACCGCACUGAUAAAAUGCGAAGAAACCAUCGAAACACAUCGUAAAUCGAAUCGACGGAGACAAUUCACCGAUCGAAUAAUUGAUACAAUGUGCAUACCGGAAUUCUAUUUCAAAGCCAGGUGUCGAAGUAAAACCAAAGCAAGCAGUUCUAAAAAAAGAAACCCGGUAGCUAUAGCAGCUGCAGCUGCCAAUAGAACCAAUAUCCGGGUAACACAAAACAAAAACAAAACAAACACCAGCAACGGCUCCAGUAGUAUCAGUUGCAAAAAGGCAAAAGAGGUUAACACCCUAGAAGAAUGUACCGUUCCCCGGUUGAAUCCGAUUUUUCUUUUUGUGAAGCAAGAAGAUACACGCAUUGUCGAGGUUCGUUGUGAGGACUAUGACAGACGAAAUCGUAUACGAAUAACCAAAACUUCUAAUGGACUCUGGAGAUCGUAUCCACGUACGGACCCCAGUUCGUCGGUGGUGUUUUCUCUGUUGCCGAGACAUGAAAACAAGACGGAACAGUCAACAUUGCACUCAGACGGCAUUCCAAAAGCAGAACUACCAAAGUACAAAAAAUCUCACAAGAAGAAAAAGAAACACAAAAAGGAAGUGAAACAAAGGGCGUUGAUGAAGCGAACACUUCUUCGACCAGGGAGUAGAAUAAGUUUGAAUGUACAUGAAGUUAAUGAGUCCCAAUUGUUCAACGAUGAAGUGAACAAUGAAGAUGAUGAUGUUAUUGACAUAACGUUGUGUGACGAGCAGGAUGCUAGUGACAGUUUUAUGGAUUUGAGCCGGUCAAAUGUUAAUGUUGAAAAUAUUAGUAAUCGGAAUAAUUUAACCGUUGAUAGUAACAAUAUCAGUAAUUAUAGUGAUUGCAAUACCAACAACAGUAGUCUAAAUAUCGCCACUAGCCUAGAAGAAAUCAGUACCAGUAGUAUUAAUGCCACACGUAAAACAGAUAGCAAUAAGGACGACGCUAGUGACAACGACGUUGAGUUGAUUCCAGAGUCCCAGGAAAUCGUUCAACAUGGACUGAAUGAUGGCAAUAGUUGGUCGGAAGAACUGGAUAAUAUCGAGGCACAGAUACCAUCAACUAUCAUCUCGGUGCAAAAGCUUCAACGCAAUCGUGCCAUUGCGCAUGUCGGAGACAAUGUUGAACAGCACACAACAACAGCGGCGCUCAAUAAUUUGAUUGCACUAAAUGAACUUGAGUUUAAUCAUCAGGAAAACCACGCGAACGAGUGCAUUGAGAAAACAUUCUCCUAUCAUUUGGAAUCCCUGCAAGCGGUUGCGGCGGUGGCAGCUGCGGCUGCCGCCGCUGUCAGAGGUGCCUCCGCAACCAUAACCGAUGCAAGCAAACAGAGCACCAUUGGUGAAACUACUGAUGCUGCUGUCAGUGGUACAGCGCCCGCCACCAGCCCCACCAUUCCAAGAGUAGGCGCUAGUGUGAGUGUAAAAGAAGUUGGGGAACAAGGUGGCAAAUCGUUGCACACAUCAACAACUUCCGAUGCACCGACUGUGCAUGAGAUUGACGACGAUGGAGACGAAGUGUGCGUUCUGGAGUCGGAGCCAGUACAGCAGCAGCAACAAACAAAAGGACGAAAUGAAAAUAUGUGCCUGGAUAGCGCAGUAUACGAAAAUUGUAAGACGGAAUCGGAUUGCAUCCAGAACGCGGAAGUGCAACCGCAUAUCACAAUCAGUAGUGACAGUGAGCUGGAAGAUGAUGAUCCAAAGCAUCAUCAUUUGAGUGAAUUUAACGAUUGCAGUGACCUGAUCGAAGGAAUUCGUGAGAUACAGUCUGCCAAUCCGGAGGAUUUACUACAUGCCAACUGUGGUGAAAAUACAAUGACUGGUGCGGAGUUGCUCGAUUCGCUGGUAGAGCAACGGUGUGAAGACAAUCAUAUCUCGGGAACGGAUGAUCUCAAAAAUACAGUUUAUUCCAUAUCAGAUGAUUAUAAUGACGACGAUGAUGUUCUAUUGGAAUCAGAACCUGUUGCCGACAUUAUCUCCCGUCUUGGCGAAUCUCUGAGUACAUCACCAAAGUGUUUAUCAUUUAACGAAGCUGGUGAAAUUGAAGGACUGACCGGUGAUUUGUUCGAUACCACACACCACUCUCUGCAAAUGGACGAUAACUUACCAAAUCCAUUUUCGUCGCAGAACCCAACACUUGACGAGUUAUCAAUUACGAUAAAAGAUCUAACCGAUAGCAGCGAACAUGCAAAUUCUUAUUUUAUCAGUGCGGAUAAAACGAACAAAGAAUCUGAAGCUCCUAUUGUUAUAUCACCCGAUUCCUGCCAGGAAGAACUACCAAAAGAUCUCAGCUGUCGCAAACGUAGUGAGAAGAGUACUGAUUCAAUUGUAACUCUCUCCCCAUCACCCCGGCCAAUAUCACACAGUUCCGAUGCCAUUCAAUCACCACAACCUAGUGGUUUACCAGCAGUCCCACCGUCGCCGGAUAUUUUCCUGCAACCGAAAUCAAUUUCAAGCGCCGUAAUGGAAACACUCAUUUCUCAAGCUUCCUCAACUGGUGCAAAACCUAGAACAAUACAACAGAAAGAACCUCUGAAUCUCGGUAAAUGUCGAAAAUCUGCUAGUCCGACGGUCAGCUGCUCGGAAGAGGCUAAGCGGCAAUCAAGCACCGAAGAUGAACCGAAACCCAAACGAAUCAAAACCGAUCCUGAGUCCAAAACAUCCAACAAUUGUGAAUCAACUCCUGGUCCAACAACGGACAGCAAUUCAAUUGCUAUAAGUACAGGCAGCAGUAGCACAAGUAGCUCAUCCAGUCACGGUAAUCAUGGGGAUUCCACUCGAUUGGUGGAAAUGCUUACCUCUGGUAACGAUCCAGAUGCACUUACGCAGUUGCGUUUGCUAAUCGGUAACCCAGCAUGGAAAGUACCUGAUCCACUACUAGUGCCAAAAGAUCGUCUCAAUGCAGUUCUGGCAUCGCCAGCCCGGGAAAUUCCACUGUUACUAACCACUCGACCCGAACUGCGAUUACCUGAAGCAUUUGCGUUUCCGAAUAUUCUACAGGACCCGGACAUUCUGGUUAUAUCAUUAUCGCAACUAGAAAAAAUAUUAGAAACUCAAGAUGAGCUACUAAAGAUGAAAACGAAAACGGAUGCUAGUAAGAAAACUGCUCCGAGCCCGUUGGAAGUGUUGAAACAAACGCUCACAGCUCAAGCAGCCAAGCAAAACCCUAUGAUGAGUUCACUUCUGGCUUCCGGUUUGGCCGGAGAUAUCGAUGCUGCUACGGCAGCAGCGUUUAAUCAGAUGCUCUGGUUACCAUAUCUAGGUCAGAUGGGGCAAUUCGGUCCUGAAUUGCUGAAAGCAAUGAUGAACAUUCCGAACUCCUCCCCAAAUGUUUCCGAUAUGUUACCGUUCAUGGGUCCAAGGUUUCAGGAUUUCUGUGGAUUAGCCAGUAACCCUAUGGAUUACAAGCGUCAGCUAGAGUUCGCCAUGUGGCAAGAUGCAUUGAGCCAAGUCAACAGUGCCAGUUUGCAGCGGAAACAAGAAGCUCAGAAGAAAGCAGCAACCACAGCAGUUCAUGUUGAUCGCAAGCCUAUAAUACCGCCAAAGACCUUAGAGCAGCAAAGAUCUGUGGCAGCAGUGGCUGCGGCUGCCAGUUUGUUCCAACAGCAAACUCAACAAAAUAAAAAACCAACCUCCGUAAUGAACCAACUUAACUCCCUCUCAAUACCUCAAUUUAUGACGCCCUCGAUGCCAAACAACCGUUUCAACAGUAAUACACGAGCCACAACCAUGCAAUCUCCUUCAUCACUUCAGCAGCAGUUCAGUCCGACAGGAUUCAAAAAUAUGCCAAACUUGAUGAGUCAGGCUGCGAGCGCACAGAUGCGACAGCAAACCCACCGGCCGCAACUAUCUGCUGCUCAGAAGAGUAGACAAAGUACCAAUCCCAUGUUCUCAAACAAUCCCUUCUUGAACCUUCCAAACAACUUCCAAGAAUUCCACGAACAACAGCAACAAAUCGCUCGGAAGUUACAAAAAGAACAACAUCACACCCGAGAACAGAUGCAGCAUCAUCAAGAAGAGCAGAAACCUCGAGUUACCUGCAAAUCAUUGAUGAAUUUACUGCAACCGGAGAAACAACAGCAACUGCAGAAACACAAUACCAACAAUAAACUAGCUAAUCUAAUGGCUUUACCUGGUAUUGAACUAUAUGCAGCUGGUCAACAUGACCAGAUUCAGCAGCAAUUGUUCCUACAGCAGCAACAGCAGCAACAACAACUGCUGCUCCAACAGCAGCAUUUGCUACAACAGCAGCAGCAACAAUCUCAACAACAACAACAGCAGCAACAAGGAAAAUUAAAAGUAAAACCCGGAUUGCAUCUGCUAGAUCCGGCAGCCAUUCAGAGGCGGCUGCUGAACACCGAUGAGUUGCCCGAAGUGGGUAGCACCACCAACGGAAUUGAUGAUACGACGGAUCUAACCUCCCCGUUGUGGCAUCCACUGUUUGGAAGUGCUCAAAAAGCUCCAGGCAAUGUUAGCGUAGGGACAACCGGAAGUGGCAGUACGAGCACAGGGUCCGGUGCCAACAGCUAUAACAGCCCUUGGCAAUGGACUACUAUCACGGCCAGCGGAGAAUGACACUAUGGGGCUCGUAAAGAGCCCGCUGUUGCUGGACUACAAUCACAGGCAGCUCCUCAGAGUCAACAGCAUCAUCACGGUAGCAAUAGUAACACCAAUAACCAACCACAAUCUACCAGCCAAUCACAGCAUCAACAGCAACUUCAGCAGGCUCAGUACCAAUCUUUUGGGAACAGCUUGUCCAGCUUGCAGCAGCAGCAGCAACAACAACAACAACAUCAACAGCAACAACAAAACUCUUCCAUCCAACAUCAACAACAUCUCCAGCAACAGCAACAAUCGGCUCAACAGCAAUCCCUGACGACUGCGCUCAAUUCUGGCCACCAUCAUCUUCAACAGGUUCAACAACAAUCUGAACAACAUCAUCAACAACAGCAACAGCAUCAAAACCAUCACAAUGUUCCUUCCCACCAUCAUACACAGCACCAUCUUGCGGCGCAAAAUAAUAUGAUGGCGGCAGCCACAGCGGUAACAGCAUCCCAACGAAACCCUUUCGGAUUCGAUUGCAAUCAUUUUCAGAAUUCCUUCUAGGUUCAAUGCACUAAAGGUAGUGUUAGUGAAAUUUGUCUUAAUGCACUGAGAUGGAUUUUGUCGUUUGGUUUUGUGGGGUAGAACGUCGGGUUACUUUUGCAGCAAAAUCUAGUUUGUUGAAGCUUAUUGUAAUUCAAUGAUCCAUAAUUUUUCGACUAAAUCUCUUAUCGUCUUCAAUUGCAAUAAUUCAUACAGCUUUUAAAUAAUUCAAACCUACAGUCAAACCUAGUUAAUCAAACCUAGAGUCAAACCUAAUUUAAUCUGAAAGCUAAUGUUUUGCUAAACAUACCAAUCAGAAACAUUAUAUUUUAUACCACUUGAAAAAAAUCUUAGAAUUGAACUGGAGUUAAUUUGGUCGGAGUCAUAGCUACCACAAAAAAUUAUAGGACUAUAGUGCUUAUCCUCUUCUUUAUUGGAAAAAAUUAAAAAUUUAUUCUCGAACAGCUUCUCGCUACAUAUAAAACAAAAUUUGGAGCUCCCGUCUCUUCUAGAAAUAUUGAUUUUCUGUCAUAUGACUUUUAUAGCCCCUCGUACUCCGCAUGCUAGCUCCCUUCGUGUCUACCUUUAUUCGGCGAUACCCGGUUUUUGUGGGACCCAUAAUUCUCCCCGUAUUCGCCAUAGCUCCCCACUACGGGCCUGUUUUAUAUUGUGUUGAAAGUAAUAAAACUAAGAAAUAUCCCAACGAAAUAUGAAAAGAUGGUACAUCGUGCGGAGGGCAGACUUUAAAAGGCGUGCGCGCGCACCCACCCUUUUCCGUAGGAGGCCGAACUCACACACAUCUUUGAGAUCCCGAUGGUGCUGGUUUUGCCGUGCUGUUAGUGUUCACCUCGAUGUGUUCGCGAGUCGAUACGCAGAACUCAAGGGAGUGGAAUGGCCACCAAAUUCUUCCGUCGUUUUCGCGCCACCUGUGUAUGGGAGACAGCUCAAGCAGUGGUAGUAGGUAGAAGCUCUUUUAGCACAUCCUGAACUCAGGUUAGCAUCAGAGAAACAACAGAUGGGACGUGUAAAGGCAGAUGAUAUCGAAUUCUCCUCAUUCGGGGGUACACGCAUACGCACGCACGCAUAACCCACCGGAUUCUCGGUGUGGAAGCCUGCUGCCUGGCGUGCGAUCGUAUGGAAAACGCACCCAACUACAACUACCUUCCAAGAAGUGCUGGUACUACUCCUAAAACCAGGACACACGCAUCGAAGCCAACCAAAGCAAGCAAGUUUCCAUUAAAUAUGUGUAAAUUUCGCAAACAACUACAACGAAACUUGGAAGUAAGCAGUGGAGAUGCAACUGCAAACUUGCUCGAUGCACACUAGGGAAGCAAGUGUACACAAAUGCCUUUCCGAAUGGGGCAUCCAUUUCCGGAAAAGUGCACUUAACCGCCCUGCUUCCAACUGGCACUAUUCGGGUGGCAACAUCAUCACACACAGCCCCACGGGUGACGGUUUUAAUGGUAAACAUAAUAUAUUGCAAGUAAAUAUUGCUCAAAAUCACACACUGCACAUCCUGUAGCGCUGUUCCGGUUGAGAUCGAAAUCGUAUUUCUACAUACUCUUCGCUUCCAUGCCUCUUCCCAAUCGGUUGUACGGCACGUACCUUCCAGAACCUCAAAGAACUCUACGACGUGAUAUGUCAGCAUGUUGUACCGUCGAGCUACCCAAUCGUCUAUUUUCAUGCAGUGCCACACCCGUAGCGUUACCGUUGAAUCCUCCCGAUUCAACCCUGAACGAAACACACUCCCUGCAAAAGACAUCAAACCAAAACCACAGAAACUAACCACUAUCAUGAUCAGCAGACAGCGCACAACAGAUGCGAAGCCUACCAGGGUCUAUCGCUUUCUCUGUCCAUCUUUCCAAUUUCACCCCCUUCAUCACCAAAUUAAUACAUUGAAUAAUUAAUUCAAAUUUGAUGUUACUCUCGAAUAGAACACUCGUUCCAGCACCCAAGCCUCGCAAUAUAUUCCAUACUCGCAAUCAACUUCCCGCAUAAUCAUAGAAGACCCCGUACAAGUGCUUCACGAUUUUCGCCCACCCAGGUAAUUUCCCGGGCAAUGUUUGUCCGCGCCAAACGCAGUAAAGCGAAGCUGUCCAGCGCAAAAUUCGUUUACCGGCCAACAAAUUCAAAUUAAAAACAAAGAACCGGGCGCAACUCUUGGGCACCACCCCUUGAAUAUACGGCACCGGAGAACUACUAGUCGACCUUUGGCCCCAGCUUUUCACUCGCCUCAGGGACGUACAUACAGAUACAGAGCAAACCGCGUGUCGUAUCAUCAUUGCGAACUGUAAGCUCUAUGCAAAUUCCCAUGGCGAGCUGAUAAUCGACAAGUGGAGCGAAAAUUAAAAUUAAAAUUGAACGACAUUCGGAAACUUGCAAACUCAUUCGUGAGAAUAUCCUCGAUAUCCAUGUCAACAGCACAGACUAACAGACAGGACACUCAAAUUAGAUUCUUCAAUCAUUUUAACGGUCAUUUCGAAUAUUCCUUUAUUUGGGACAGUACUCACAUGUGUCAUGAUGGCGCCACGUUACCCUAUCAAAAACAUCCUGUCUGUCAUCUAGACUGUGUUUAUUUUUUUCAUUUACCAACAGAGUUGCCAUUUAUACAGAAUUACCUGUAAUGUAUUGAUUUGUAUACGUCCAUGCGAAUUUCAUGCAGGAUACAGAUUUAAUACAUAUUGCCAAAACUAUAUACAUAAUUGUGCCUACUUCUCAUCCUCCAACGCAAUACAAAAUCGAACCCGUUUUGUUACAAUAUUUACUUGCUUCUGGACUGCCGCCACUUAAUUUCGGGUGAAAACCACCAACACAAUAAAAAUAGUCUAGAUGAACAACGUUGAGUCAAAUAAAUGGUUACCUUCCAACAUCGCGAAAAAGGUAAAUAUAUUUUCAACGUAAUCCAAUAAUUUAAUGUGACGAUUCAUUUUCAAAUAUUAUGAUGAAAUCAGGCAUCCCUGCAAGCAGCUGAUCGGUGUUGACAAACGAGGGGAAACCAACUAGUAAAAAAACUUUUACAUAACACAAGGGGUGUACAGAUAGUAAAUAGUUCGCGCAGUACAAUAUAGGUGGAACUAGUGCAUCACGAAAAAUUAUUUUUAUAAGAAUUUACUCAUACUGUCAUGUCUGUUAGUCUGUGUCAACAGUACGGGCGGACACAAAUGAGUGAGGUUUGGUAAAAAAAACGAUUAGGUUGGAACAUGUAGGGAUUCAAGCGUGUGCUCGUAUUUUGUACAAAGUACAGCUUGGAUCAUUUCGUACGACUUGAUUCACUGAAAAUAUAGUUCUGUAGAGCGGAACAAUUGAGAUCCUUUAACCUGUCAAAUUCAACUUUCUUCUGAACUUCCAGAGGAAGCACAUAAAGAAUCAGAAUACAAAAUCAUCAAAUUCUUUUUCAAUACAUGUCUUGCAGAGCCAAGUCGGUAGGAGUCAAACUCUUGAUUAUUUGUACAAUGCAAAUAUUGUGCUAAACCUGCUAUUUUAAUAUCAGAACGGGGUUCAAUUUUCAAAAUGUAUUUAUAAAAUGCAAAAAAAUAAUAAUAUACAGAUUCCGUACGGUAAUUAAGAACAUUCGAAGGUAAUUUUUAAAGUGUCUUUUGUUAUAUUUUUUAUAAUUAAAAACCUUUAAACUAGCAGGAAAUGAAAGACUGUUUUUGAAAUCUCUAACUUACUUACUUCUGCCACUGAUUAUUCGCGCAUGAAGUGCGCCAUGAAUUGGAAAAGUCAGCUGCCGAUUUAGAAUCUUUGGCAAGAAGCACAACACACAAUGUUCGGACACUUUGAGAACACAUAAUUUGUCCAUAAUGUUCACACCCUAUUAAUUCUGAAAGUCUAUUCCAACGUGUUGUCCAAAAACCUACGCUGUAAGUCUCAUGUUAUGCGUAGAGGACAUUUUAGCUCAGUUAGUUAGUUGAAAUCAGAGACAUAUUCAAAAACAAGGUCUCAUGAGUUCCUAACGUACACUUAAAAACAAUCGUGUAAAAUUACGUCGAAAAUGAUACAUUUUUACAGUUGAUUUAACACAAGAUGCAUUUUGAUACACAAACAGGUUGUUUUCUUUUCUGUGCUUUCUAAUUUAUCUAAGACCAGAAAAAUGACAAGGAGUUACAUUAAAAUUUUACCCGCGUUAUGUAUACCAAGUUUCCUGUCAAAAUGUUACGAGCUGUGAGUAUCGUGUCGUCAUACUUCUUCCAUCAGUGACCGGAUAAAUCAUUUUUGUCUUCAAUAAAAAAUUACAUCAUUCCAUUUUUUUUGCCUCAUAACGAAUAUAUACCUGCAACCUUCAUCGACUUGGUUUGUAUCAUUAGGUUAAGUGCAGCGUGUCAAACGAACAAAUUAAUUUCGUAAAUUACCCUGCAGUACACCAGCCAGUUGUGGCCUAAUGACCACCUACGACUACAACCUGGAACUUAUCUCAUUAUAUAGAAUGGGGUGUAAGCAGUCUUUGGUAAAACCAAUACAGGAAAUUUAUUUUGACAAUCAUUACACGCGCGAGCACCCAUACGACCAGCGGAUGGACAUAUUCCAUCCUGCCCGUAGAACUAACUUUCAUGUAGAGUUGAAUCACCUUCAAUUACGAGAAAAAAUUUUUCACCUUGUAAUUCAAAAAGAAAAAGGUAAAAAAUAAAAUGGUGAGCAUAACUGAAUGAAUAUCUACACUUCAAACAUGACACAGGCAGAACUUGUGGCUUGAAGAAAACGUAAUUUCAGUAAGCUCAUGAGCCGAUGCUCUAUCAUUCCAGCACUUUCGAAAUAUCUACUGAAACAGAGUUGCUCUGGAUAUGUGUUGUGCUGGUGGUUGUGCAGUACUCACCCCCGCUAUCUUCUGAGUAUAUUUAUUAUUACGAUCGCGCAUAUAUACCUUAACCGUGGUUUUCGCUAGUGGCGUUCGCUGGCAAUUAAAGAGGGAAUCCAUAAAUCUAUGAACAAAAUUAAAUGUAUCCCACUGUCUUGGCGAUUGCAAUGUUUUUAUGGUUGUAUGCGUUUUUCGAUUCGAUUAUAUCUGCGGCUAUGUGCCUUCAUAUUCGUUUUGCACUUCAAGUGAAACUAGGGAUGUCGGAUUAUCGAUCGAUUAAUGUAGUAAUCGAUUAGUAAACUUGAUAAUCGACUAAAGGGUAAUCGAUAAUUUCGAAUGUUAUAUGCGAUAGUGUGCUACAUCAACUAUUACUGAUUUUUGUUGUGAAUACGACUUACUUUACUAUGGGGCGCCUUUUCAAAAUUUACCAUAUGGAAGAAUGGGCAGAACUUAAUUGUGAAUAUAUUGACUUGUAUUAAGACGCAUUAAACCAGUUCGGCACCAUUUGGCACUGCGAGCGGAUGUGUUGCGGUUCGUUCGCAAAGCUAGUUUCAAUUCAAACAAGAGCGACUGCGUCAUACAGAGCUGCUGGUCGUUUUCAUUGGAGAGAAAGAAAUCGUAAAGUGGACAACGUUAUAUAAAAUCAGCCCUUCUAAUGGCUCUAAAUAUUACCUAAAGAACUAUAAAGAUUGCUUCUUUGUAAAUCGUAAAUUAAAAUUAGCAGUGUAGUGCAAAUCUAAGAUAAUUUGAUUAGUUUUUUGCAAUUUUCACAGUACUAAAUUCGCAAUAGUGUUUAAAAUCGUUUAUAUCCAGUCAGUGUUUAAUAUCUUAGAGAAUUAUACAAUUUGGCCCUUUACUGUAUACUACACAUUUUUCAACCAGUUGUAGUUUGUAGUAAACUUUCUGCUGAUUUCUUCUGAUUGCUAAAUAAAAUGCAUAGCACCGACUCAGAAGCCAUUCAUUUCGAAUUUGGCUGUCGUUGUCAUCGUCUUGAUUAUGGUGCGAUCGAGGAAUCUCCAAGCGAAAUACAAAGCUUGUUACCGCAAGCGGAAGAAGCAGGAGACUCCAACAGAACACAUAUCAGUAUCGCACCCACUGACAACAGGUCAGCCUGAAAAUAUAUGACAGAAGUCAGCGCUAUCCAUCGGAAGUCAAUGGUAUCCAACGGAAUUCGAACUCAACUCUUCACUCUCCAUCACGAACCCCUUCAUAAAAGGUUCUUUUCAGAACGACCAUUAUUUUAUCAUGAAGAACUAUACUGAUUAUUUCGUAAUAUUUGUGUGUCAGAAUGUUUAAUGUAACUAAUCUGUACAGUAGUUUAGGUGUAUCGUUCCAAAUUUUAGUAGUGUAAAAGGGCAAAACUUGCACAAUUCACACAAUCGAUCAACUAAUUGAUAUUCAGAAGUAUAAAGAAAAAGUGUCAGUUUUAUUAGUAUUCACGAUAUCCAGUUAUGUCCCUGACAUUACACACAUGUACUUUUUGUUGAACACCACCUUAGAUACCUUCAUUCUAACACAAACUCUAACCCGUGGAGACAAUCGGUUUCAUUCCCAACGAGUCAAACCCGGUAAGCACAUGAAUACAAAGAAAUGAAAAUUGAUUGUUACAAAGCGAAGAAAUAAUGCCCUAAAAUCAAUCUUUUUAUUGAUUCACCUUGUCUACUCUAAUACACCCGUACGGAUAUGUAUAUUCGAUCAAUUACAUCAAUGCAGUUUCUGCAUCGAGAUAAUAUUCCCAUGGGGAAGACAAUUUGCCUCGACUAAACCAUGAAUACCAAUAGAAAAAUCAAUUGUAGGUAUUCUACCGCACACCGCACUGAUUGCAAAGACGGUAACAGCCUUCCAACUUACUUACACAUCUAUCCUUUGGUACAUCUCCGCAUAACAAAGAUAAACAAUAAAUUACUGAAACCCGCAUCAGACAAAAGCAAAUUCUUCAAUCGAAAUCGAAAACUUUCAUAUGAAUGUACAUCUAUGUAUGUAUAAUCAAAGUCAACACGACCGGCCGAAUGAUUCGGGAUUCAAGCAAUUGAAGUUCAAUUCACUAUAACCAGUUUGCUGAUUUGAGAAUAUUUAUUCUGCCCUUGCUGGUAAACGAUUUGAAAAAAAAAAAUCUGCAUUUAAAAUUACUUACCAUUUUUCAAAAUUUUGCAAUAUGAUGCAAAAGUUUUUAUUCACGACUACUUGCAGGAUCUUCUUUUUUUAUUCAUUAAUAUAAUAUUUUUUUAGGCACACUGCUUAAGCUCUAAGAUGCCAAGGGAAUUUUCUAAUCUUUAUUAACGACUAACUUAAAACUAAAAUAGUAUCAUUAGAUUAUGUCGUUUCGGAUUUUCGAAAAUCCAGCUUUCAGCUAGCGAUCGACAGUGGUCGGUGAAUGGGAUAUUGCAUGAGUCUUCCAGAUGAAAUGCUGGAUCUCGUUGUUAUUUUCUUCAUUGGAGGAGAGGCGCUUUCAUUGCUAUUCAUCGAAUGAAUAGAGAGCAGUGGUUCGCUAUUCUCGCUCCCAUCCAUUGGUUCAGCAUCAAUGUUGUUGGCGGAAAAAUCGUUACCGUUUGCCCAGGAGUUGGGUAAAUUGUUAGCUACAGCUGGUGUACCUUGUUCUAUAGGGGAUACCGAUGGUUUUGUUGAGGAGGAUGCUUCAUUGUUGUUGAUUACUGUCACCGAUAUACUGGGGUUAUUCGAGGGUGGUGUGAAAGGUCGAAUUUUGCACUGUCACUGUCAGUUGUAUUCUUUCGUAUUGUCUGCGGUGGCUAUUGUUUAUUUGGUUCACCCAUUUUGAACUCGUUCUAUUGUUCACUACACAAUACUGUACUUGGUUUCUGUCGUUGCGAAUGAGGGCGGUAUUGUUUUAUCGACUAACUUGGAUGAGAUGUGAAAUCGAAAAAUUAUCGCAAUCCUUGUAAUUGGAGACUUUUAUGAAACCUUGCAACUUGUGAAAAACUUUGAUAUGUAUAUAAGCAUUCGAAUCGUUUACCAAUAACGCAGAACAAAUAUGUCUAGUAAGAAAAAAUUAUUUAAACUGCCCGUUUUCAAUUCAUACAUGCAUAUGGUUAUCUCCUCAAUCGUGUGGUCCUUGACGUAUUGCUGCAAAUUAAUUAUGGCUUUAUGCCAUGACAACAGCAUUGUGUGCUAUUACGCCUGAGCUCUGUUUACUCUCUUAUAAGUAGAAAUACGACUAAGUUUCGAUAUUUCUAGUUGCUGAUAAAAACUUUGGCCAUAUUAAUAUUUUUGUCGGUUUCGUUGGUGAGUUUCGCUCAAGUUCGUCUUUUAUGAAAAUAUAAGAGCUGAAGACAAAUACGAUUCUAAUUUCAUUUGCAUUGCUGCUGACGUUGAGUUCCAAGGGGUUUUUAAAAAUGAUGAUGAAGUGUUUGUCAGCAAGCCGACUAAUUAACCAUUAUACAGUAUGCAUUCCCUCCAACAUCAUAACAACCUCAACAAAAUUGAAUGUUAAUCAAGCGGAACAAUGCAGUGAUUGGCGACUACAUUUUGAAGUUGAGGUAAUGAAAAACAAAAUCGACUGAAAAAUUAUUAGGAACAUACUUAACUCACUCAGACAAAAUAAUGCGCAUCUCUCAUAUUUUGUUGACAUGUUGGUAAUAAGAUCUCUAGUCAAUUUACUUCUUAAUACUAAAGUAAGAGCAAAUGAAAAAUCAACUCUUCUCAGUUACCGGAUCUUUUUUCCUUCAAAUAAAAUGGCUUCGGGCGAAAAUAAGAAUCAAAUUCAGAGUCGUAAACAAAUUUCCUAAUAAUCCAAAUUGAACACUCGUAACAAUUUUAGCCGGCAGUGUACACCGCGGACAUCGGGAAACGCAUCACCGAUCUGAUGGACGAUGGAACGGGUAGACAUACACGUGAUGAUCAAAUCUAUCGAAGUACAAUAAAUAUAUUUUUCGAACGCGCCAAGUAUUCUAGGAUAGACGAUAGGACAGCUGAAACCGGCAGGCGAGAAGUUGUGUUUCUUCGCAUGCGCACUACGUCCUUCUUCUCCUCGCUCUCUUCCGGUGGUUGUCGCAACUAAGCAAAGAAUAUCCUUUCCACGUCUGUUUGCAUUGUUUUCUCACCCACCGUCAACCUGACUGGUUCUGUCAUCGUGUUGCUGUUGCUGAGCAUAGCGGUUAGAAACACACGCUUGGAUCUGAACACAACGAUGGGGCUUAGCACCCAGUUACAGCCUUCUUUUCCUUUGUUUACAUAUCAUUAGUUCCGUUUACAAGUUAUUGUUGCUAAUGCUAAUGCAUGUGCAUUUUCAUCAUCUCGGUCCUGUGGCUACAUACGACCCAAGGGCUCUUGUGGUUGCAGUGACGUAACGCUUUAUCAAUUUGAUUAAUGCCGUUUUCGCUUGAUACCAAACCUUACCCAGUUUCCACCCUAACUGCUGUCAAACCGUUUGUUUGAAGCUAGUUUCGAACCUAGUUUUAACGUUGUUGAACUGAAAAUCAAGCCAGUUUCGAACCUGGUUUUUAUAUCAGGUUUGCUCAAACCCCCAUUGCUAAGUGCGAAAUCAACACAGUUUCGUGAAAAGUGUUUGUUCGAUGAAACUACCCUGGGUCAGUUUCGGUUUUCUCAAGCGAAAACUACAUAAAUAUUGCUUGAAUAUGGCUUCGGGAAAUCUAAAUAAUGAGAUUAAAAAUAUUUUGCCAUUUGGGAAGCCAUCUGUACAAAAAUCUUAAUUAUAUUUUUGAAAUAAAAUCAUUUUUUUUAAAUGGCUGUAUGUAAAAAUAGCAGUUGUUUAACGAUUCACCGCGUGAAUGUAUUUAACGUCAAACUGACACAAACUGACCCAUUCCAUUCUUUGUUUCAAAUAUGUCUGUAUUAUAUUGAAAAAAAUAUGAUCAUACUCAGUUAGCUGCGUACUCAAUUCGUUCUCUUUGAAACCAACGGUAGCAGCUCGCUAAAGAGUUAUUUCUAUUAAGUCAUGUUCAAUUGAUUGGCACUAAUAAUGGCAUUGAAUUGGGGGUAACAUUCCUAUUUCAUAUCACACAUACAGGAAAAUACGUGUUUAAUAAUUUAUAUAUCUGCAUAAGUGUUUUACCAAAAAAAAACAAUCUGCGAGAAUAUUUUCGGUUCUACAGAGGGAAAGAAAACAAAAAGUUAGAGCAGUAAGUUUUGCUAGACCAUCCAUCUCAGUGCAACAGUUAUUUUCGAUAUCGUUAACGGGAAAGUAAAUGAAAUUCGAACGCAAGAUGAUGAAGACUUGAAACAUUACAAGGCACAAUGGAAAAUGCAAUUAUAACAUAAAAACUUCGUUGGGAGCAAUCUGUAUAUAGUCUUUUUCCGUUAUUAAAAAAAUUGGUCUCAGCAAGAAAGAAAUUCCAAUUUCGAAAGAAUAAUUCAAUAUCGAUCAAAACAAAACAAAAUCAAAACCUACAGUUGUUAUAUAGAUAGUAGCAAAACUAAAAGCAAACAAAUUCAGAUAACAUCAGACUAGUCUCAUUUAUUGUAUAUCUUUCAAAACUCCUAGUUGCAAUGUGAACAACCUAAAUUAUUAUAAGACAGCAUACUAUAUAGAAAAUUCUAGCUGAGCAAGGAACAUGAAUGAAGCAAAUCGAACUAAUAAUCAAAUUCUAGGACAAAAUCAAACCGAAAAUCUACUCAACAAGAAUUCUUCACUAUGAUUGAUAUUGAGACCAAAAACCAAAAAAUAAUCUCCUGAAUUCAGAGAACCGUAUAUAGUUUUAGGUCGACUACCUACGUAGAACAGACGUGUUUUUAAUUUUAUAUCCCUAUUUAUUACCCGUAUGUUUAUCUAAGUUUUAUAGUUUAACUGUUACGUUUUCGUGGUUGAAAAUAUGUACCCUCACUAAUGUAAUGCAACGCAGACUAGUUGCCCAAUAAAGAAAGCUAGGAAAACCCGCAUGUAGUAUGAGUACGUGAUAAAAUAUUUUGUUACGUUUUCUCGCCACUAUGUGUUUUUUUUCAAUAGUCUAAAAGCUAAUUGUAACAUCAAUGGAGCCAGAUGAUACGAUACAACUGAUAAUUGUUUUCAAAUAUGAUUUGAGAUAUAGAAAUGGAAAAAAAUGACACUUAUUCCAACUUUGAUUCCAACUGUAAAAUAAACAGAAAUCCUUUCGCUUCUCACUUUAUGUUUCAGUACUACCGCAGCGAAUGAAGUGGACAGUACUUUUUAUGUAUGCGUGUUUGAUUAUAUGGACGAUUAUACGUACGUUGCCGAAUGGAAAUGAAAAGAGCACACGACCUUUGCUAUUUAGGUGCCAAUGCUUAUAGAUAAGCAAGCAAACAUUGAAAACCCUUCAUACAUUCUAACGCUUCUACGAACACAAAGAAAUAAGAAAGCAUGAUGAUUAAGCAAAAGAUGUCGAUAAUUCGUUUCUAGUGAAAUUAAUCAUAGCUAAUGGGAAAUUUAUCAUAUGGCAAAUAUAGAAAAUAGUCUUACCCCGGACAUAUUAGAAGGAGAAACAGAAAAUGAUUUUUUUUUAAUUUUUGACGAACUGUGAUGUAAAAACAUAUUUAUUUAUAUUUAAAAUAAAAUCUUUAUAUAAUUAUUCCGAGUUCGGAUUCAUACAAUAAAUGAACUUAUGAAAACUCGAUGAUUGAACAUAAAAACCAUGUUGUGUAAAAGGAAGUACUAUUAGUCCUACUGUGUCCUGUAUAGUCACACGACACCUGAUGUAAAUAUUCUCUUUAACAAAUUAUAUAUAGACAAGCAUUACAGAAAUUAUGUAAAACAUGUUUUUAAUUUUACCGAAACCAAUUUAUGUGGUGAACUGAACAAACUAAAUCGCAGCGACCUUGUUUUGAUUUCGUUUUCAUCAGGAAAGACAAUAUGCAUGCUUUCUUUCAACCAGAACAGUUGAAUCCUCCAUUUAUCGCGCUGAAUGACUAGUACCCUCUGAAUAAAUGAGAGUUGCGAUAUGCGAGUAACGUUUUAUGUCAUGCUAGACUGGAUAAUAGAACGUAGACACAAUAAUGACGAACAUAAAAGAUUAUCUACAAUACCUACGUUAAUGUCAUCAAAGCCACUAUUUUAAAAGCGCAGCAAAUAUUAGAUGUUCAUCAUACACAAAAAGGAAUAUACAGAAUGUACGAAAAGCAACAUUUUAGAGUUAUGAAACCACACCGUCUUCACUGGAUUUCGGUAAAAUGCAACUGAAUGUUGUUGCGGUAAUUCAGCAACUUUUUAGACAGUCAUCUAAUGACACCAGCUGUAGAAAAUUCUCGGCCCUAAAACCAGACUAACAUUCAGUAGCUAUUCUAGGAAAUGUCUACUAAGAAGAACACGAAAUGAACCCUCUUUCUCAUCCUCGAAAAAAAAUAUCCCGUCUACCAUUUAUUAUAAACAUAGUCCCGCAAGCUAUAAUCAAUCUUUGAACCUAAAUACGUGCGGAGCCGUACUAUAUAAGGUUUGUAAGAACACAGUAUAACAAAAUAAAAUACGCACCGGAAGGUAUAAUUGAACAUGAGGAAAUGCAAACAAGUAAUACCUUAACCUUUACAGAAGGAACUUUAAAAUAGAGGAAACAAACUGUAAACUAUAUCAUGACGUGGGCAACCAACGUAAACAAAAUAUUUAAAUAUAAAAAGAUAAACGAAAUAUAGUUCUUUCAGAUAAAAUAUAAUAA